CUGUAUGCUCUAUGGUUAGUCGAAUCCGUGUGUCGCGCUGUGAUUCUGUCCAGCCUCGUUUAGUUCGUGUUAUUUUUUUUAUGAAAUAAAUGUUUCUUGCAAAGUUUGCAAUUUAUGAAUAAAAAGUUUUGUCAAUGUAUAAUUUAUAAAUGGAAAACGCCAUGGUUGAGUUGGAUUUUUCGUCAGUGGGAACCAUGCCGAAGGAGGGUGUACCCGACAUGACACACCUUACUGUUCUCGACGAAGCUGUUAUAAACAAGAACCUGAAAGUCCGCUAUGAGAGAGACAAAAUUUACACUUACACCGGUUCCAUUUUGGUCGCCGUGAAUCCUUACAAAGAUAUUGACAUCUAUUCUCAGGAAUACGUGACCAAAUAUCACCGCAGAAAAAUGAGCGAACUGGAGCCACACGUGUUCGCUUUGGCGGAGGCGGCAUAUAACUCGCUUCAAAUGGGAUCCCCGACACCCGGACGACAGCACAAAAACCAGAGCCUGGUUAUCAGCGGCGAAAGUGGCGCGGGAAAAACAGAAAGCACUAGGUUUAUACUGCAAUAUUUAUGUUCUGUUACCAGCGGAGUUUCGGCUUGGGUCGAACAGCAAAUUCUAGAGGCUAAUACGAUAUUGGAAGCUUUCGGUAAUGCAAAAACCGUACGGAAUGACAACUCGAGCAGAUUCGGCAAAUUCAUGCAAGUGUGUUUCGAUUCAAGGUGGAUGAUAGCAGGAUGUAUAGUGCAAGAUUAUUUAUUAGAACAAUCUAGGUUAACGUUCCAGGGACCUGGGGAACGAAAUUAUCACGUAUUUUAUCAACUAGUGGAGGAGGCGAAGCACAAUAAUGAACUCGCCACAAACCUUCAUCUGAGGGAAGCAAACUUCUACAUAUAUUUAAACCAAUCAGACUGUAUUAAGCUCGAAGGUGACGCUAGAAGAUUAGAUAGUUUAAGAUUAGCCUUCCAAGUUCUCCAGGUACCUGUAAACAUGUGCAAUGGAAUAUUCCAAACACUAUCAGCCAUUUUGUGGUUAGGUAAUUUAAAAUUUGAAGACGUCGAUGGAGAAAAAUGUCAACUAACCAAAGAAGACGAAAGUAUUGUAGAUAUUUUAUCUAAGUUGUUAGGAUUAGAGAAUGAUAGUUUAAAGCAAGUUGUUUUGUUGAGACAGAUAAAUGUGAGGGGGAACAUUACGGAAAUUCCUUUGACGGUGCAGCAGGCAAGGGAAAAUCGCCAUGCGAUGGCCAAGGCGUUAUAUUCACGCAGUUUCGCGUGGUUGAUAAACCACAUAAACAAUUGUAUAAACCCGGGGCAGGAUUCUUCGAGGUUUUUGGGCGUGCUCGAUAUUUUUGGAUUCGAAAAUUUUGCCGUAAACUCUUUCGAGCAGCUGUGCAUAAACUAUACCAACGAAAAGCUGCACAAAUUUUUUAAUCAUUACGUAUUUGCCCUCGAGCAGGAAAUAUACCAGCAGGAAGAAAUUAAUUUUAAUCACAUCUCAUUUACCGAUAACACAUUGUGUUUAGAGUUACUGGAAAAACCGCCACGUUGUAUUUUAAGGCUUUUAAGUGAACAAUGCCACUUGCCAAGGGGCUGUGAUGCGUCGUAUAUUACAAAUUUACAUGGUGAAUUUGAAAAUCACGAAAGAUACGUCAAAGGUGACGACAAGCGUCGUUGGGAAACAGAAUUCGGUGUUAAACACUACGCCGGUUGUGUGACCUACAAUGUAAAGGGCUUUGUCGAUAAAAAUCGCGACGUUCAGCAAGAUGUAUUUUUUGACAUUAUAUCUCGAAGCACAAACGAAUUUGUGCAAGACUUGGCGACAUUCCAAGAUCUUUCCCAAAAGGUCCAAGUUACUAAUGGAGUGAACACUGUCUCCCGAGGCACUAGUAAAGGAAAACCCACUGUUUCUGACACAUUCAGGUACCAACUGCAGGCACUGGUUGACGUAUUGCAGUCGACCACCCCAUGGUACGUUCGAUGCAUUAAGCCAAAUAAAGACAAGCUCCCAAAUGAUUAUGAUGACGCGUUAGUGCUCGACCAGCUGAAAUAUUUAGGAAUGUUGGAUAUAAUUAGAAUACGAAAAGAAGGUUUUCCAAUUCACAUGGCAUACGAAGACUUUGUAAUAAGAUAUCAUUGUUUAUCAAAAAAUCGCCUACCUCCUGACGUAAAAACCGCGUCUCUGCAUCUGAUAGAAUCGUAUAAACUUCCGAAAACCGAAUGGCAGUUGGGAAAAACCAAAGUGUUCUUAAGAUCUCACGUCCACGAGCCGUUGGAAGACACUCGUAACAAGAUGCUCAAAUCCAAAGCAAUUUUAAUACAAAAGACUUAUCGAAAGUACAAAGCAAGGAGAGAGUUUUUAAAAAUAAGAAAUGCGGUCCUAAGAAUUCAACACGCUUAUAAGGGUUGGAAAUUAAGGAUAGAGUUUUUGAGAAAGAGAAGGGCCGCUAUUGUUAUUCAGAGUCAUUUGCGCGGAGUAUUUGCCAGAGAGGUGGCAGCAGCUCUAAGAGAAAUGCGAAGAGUAGAAGAGGAAAUGCGGAAGAGGGAAAAGCUAGAGGAAGAAAGGAAACAAAGAGAAAUGGAACGCAAGGAAAAGCAAGCUAGAGAAGCUGAUAUCAGUAGGCGGGAGCACCAAAAGGAUCAAGAAACCAAUAUGCCUCACCUUCAGAAUGGAGAGUUGGAGGAGAGUGAAAGAGCUGCCGAACAGGAAAUAGCUGCUUUAUCCCAUAUGGCUGAACAACUGAAACCACGAUUAACCGAACCAGUUACAGAAUCAGUGGAUCUAGAUAAUUUAUUCGCUUUUCUUUCUGACGUUCAACCCCAGAAUCGCAAUAACAUCAUUGAUGAAAUUGGUGAAAAAAUGAAUGAGCUUGUUGAGGAUCUAGAUGUUGAACUGGAAACUGUAAUUCAGCAGGAACUGGAGGGAUUAGCUAAAGAGCAACAAUUGCCAACCCCCCCCAAAAUGGGUCAUCCUACGUUGCCGGAGCCCACAGGACCACCACCUCCUCCGCCUCCCGCCUUUCAGUCAUCUCCCGAAACCGAAGCCGCACCUCCCGAUAAAAAAGAAGAGUGCCAGAACAGGACAGAACCUAUCUAUGAAUCAGUAUUACCGCGAGAAGAGCCAUCAGCUUUACCAGUUUGCGUAUCGCCCCCACCGUUGCCAGCACCUCCUAGGUUGCCGUCUGAAAGUCCAAAGGUUACUCCUCAAGUUUCUAGGUCAAGCAGUACAUUGUCGCAGAAUUGGAAAAAUCAAAAGGAAAGCCAUGAACUCCUUCAUGAAAAUAUAAAUAAUGUAGAACGCGAGCAAAGACGAAAAGUGAGAAUCGAAAAGAAACUACAGGAACUGAAUGAAACAAACGAAAAGGAAAAUAAUAUCGACGAUCUCCAUUAUGACAUGGUCGAGUUUGCCAAUAUUCAUUUUAAUGCUCACGAAAGGAGUCCCGAGGGUACGAUUAUUGCAACGUUGACUAGAAAACGUCAGAGCUCCGAAAUGAUACCUAAGUAUGAAAUGGUCACGUAUUACAAAGGCACCACUAUUCCAAAUUCGCACAUACAUAUGUAUGAUCCCGACAAUGUGAACGUGGCUUGUAUUAUAUUUAGAGACUUAUCCAAGUACAUUCGGGGUGAACUAAAUGCCGAAAGGGAACUACAGGUCAUACAAUCCAUCAUUGGAUACGCGCUGGAACGGGAAGAAUUGCGAGAUGAAGUGUUCGUUCAAUGUAUACGUCAAGCGACUAAUAAUCCCAGCCCAGAGGCGACCGAGAAGGUCUGGUUACUCUUGUGUCUGUGCGUCGUAGCCUUUCAACCGUCUAAAUUGCUCUACAGAUAUUUUCUUUCAUUUCUCAAGAAAAAUUUAUCCCAAGGUGGACGUAUCACCCAGUACGUUCAGUGGUGUUUGGAUAAUUGUAACAACAAUAAAAUUACUGUAAGGGAGCAUCCGCCCUCAUCGGUGGAAGUAGCGGCAAUGAAGAGAUUGGGAACAAUAGUUUGUAGAUUUUUCUUUUUGGAUGGACGCACCAAAGCAAUAGAUGUUCAUCCAACAGACACGGCCGGUAACGCAGCCAAAAAAUUGGCCGAACGUCUUGGAUUAAAAAAUUUGGAUGGUUGGGCGAUAUACCAAAGUAGGCAGGAUGGAGAAGAACAUGUCCGAGCCCACCAUUAUUUGUAUGACAUUAUUGCGCAGUGGGAAAUGAACCAAAACAAACUGGCCCCGACCGGUGGUCUGGCGACGCUGGGUCGAAGAAGUGGUCAGGGCCUUACCGGAGGUGAAAACCGAUUUAUAUUCAAAAGGAGGUUGUUCAAAUCUAGUCGUGAACUUAGUCAAGAUCCCGUCGAGGUUAAUUUAUUAUACGCUCAAGCUGUACAUAGCAUAGUUAAGUGCGACGAUUUUCCUGUCACAGAAAAAGUGGCACUGCAAUUGGCUGGAUUACAGGCUCAGGUGGCGCUAGGCAAUCCCAAAGAUAACAAUAAACUCGAAUACUAUACGGAUAUUGAUACCUAUUUACCUUACAGAAUUUCUAAAACUAGAGGCGAUGAUGUAUGGGUGCCCAUCAUCGCCCAAGCUCAUCGUCAGUAUGGCGCGAAUCGAACUGAGCUAACAGCGAAAGCCCUUUAUUUGUCGUGCGUGAUGCAGUAUCCCCUCUACGGAACCACUAUGUUUCCCGUCACAUACCGGGGUUAUUGGUCGUACGGAAACGCUUUAAUAUUAGGCGUGAACUGUGAAGGAAUAAUGCUAAUCAAAAGUGACGAUAAAUUUGUUUUAAAUGAAUUUCGCUAUCAAGAUGUGGAAAGCAUCUUGUUGGACCCUAGCGAUAGUUUCAUUACACUGACUCUUCAAAGGCACAUAGGUGAAAACAAUCACAAGUGUUACGUGUUUGAAACCAAACAGAAAAAUGAAAUUGGAUCUCUAAUUGCUAGUUACUGUCCGUCUUUAGCGGGAUGGCUAACCGAGAGUGAAACCCCACAAAAACGAAUCAAGAGUAUUACCAAUGAAGAUCGGGUACGUUUGUAUCAUAAUCUUGUAAACUGCAGAAGGGCCCUAGUAGAUCAUGAAAUUCUUCGGAAACCGAUGGACUCUUCCGGUAGCUUUUUACGAAACACUUUGCGCCGACUGAGCAAACACAAGUUGGACAAAUUAAGGCAAGAACACGGUGGAGAUACUGGCGAAACAUAUAAGGGCUUCCAUUACGCGUUUUGGGCGUUCAGCAGGCAACCAUUGUCUCAAAGUAUAAGUAGAAUGCCCGAGGCAGAAGAACAGAUCAUGUUACAGGUCUUUCAAAUUAUCUUAACUUAUGCAGGAUUAGGACAAAAUGGUGAGGUAAUUCGAAGGGUUGAAGAUGAGCAUGUGUCCUUACUGCAAACUAUCUUGGAACGCUGUAUGAGAAAAGAUUCUUUACUUUGCGAACUUUACCUCCAAUUAGUGAAACAGACAACAGACCACCCCGAUCCGAAUUCCAGGGUUAAUUUGCGCCAUUGGGCCUUGUUAUCUUUAUCUUGUUCGGUUGUUCUCCCACCUAACAAAGUCAUCCGCCGAUAUUUAAUAGCACAUCUCAAAAGGUGUGGAUCAGAUUAUGUUACAGAAGAAGGAAAAUAUGCAAGAUUCGCGGAAAAAUGUUUACUCAAAACACAAGGUACAAGGAGAAGACAGUGGCCACCGUCACGGGAAGAAAUCCUAUGUACCAUUAAUAGACGUCCUGUAUAUGCCAGAUUUCAUUUUAUGGACGGACAAUAUCAUUCAGUAGAGUUUCAUCCAUCUGCAACAGCUCGUGACGUGUUAGAAACUGUUAGGGAUAAAAUUGGGCUUACUCCAGAUGCCAGAGGUUAUGCUAUAUAUGAAGUACUGGGUAAUUCAGAAAGAAGUCUAGCAGCAGAGGAGAAGGUGGCGGAUGUAAUGGCAAAGUGGGAACGAUACAGAACCGCUUCAGCAGCGGCAAAUGCCACCAAUAAUACAGGAACUGCAAAAAGAACGAGGCCUCAACACCAUUUCUUUCUAUUUAAAAAACAUCUGUUUAUGGAUAACUACAUCAAUCUUAAUGAUCCAGUUGAAAAAGAACUACUUUAUCAUCAAGUCCUACAUGAUUUGAGGACAGACAGAUUCCCAAUAACCGAUAAGGAAGCGAUGAUGCUAACAGCCCUGCAAGCUCAGUUGGAGUUAGGAGAUUUUGAUGACACCAUACAUGAUUACAGACCAAUUGCUUGCCACUGUCUUCCAGCCAGGAUGGUUCCGACAGUACCCCAAGACGGUGUACAAAUGCAUCACCAAUCUUUGAGGGGAAUGACCCCAUCUGAGGCGAAACAGGCGUUCUUAAAUUUGAUACAAAGCUGGCCUCUGCACAAGGCAACCAUAUUUGACGUUAUGCAAUCAUUUACGUCUAACUGGCCUCGCGUAUUGUGGCUGGCCGUCGACCAAAAAGGGCUUCACCUUUUGGAACACAGAUCUCGCAACACACUUUGCACUUAUGACUACAGCGGAAUACUUAGUUAUUCACCCGCACUAAACUGCCUCAUGAUUAUUACCGGAAGUAAUCAUAAGCAGAGCAAAGUUAUACUUACUACCGCACAAGCAUUUCAAAUCGCUACUUUAAUCAGGGAGUAUAUGGAAGUGCUUCAUGAAAAUAUGGUCGAGAUGAGAAAAGUAGAGCAGACACGAAGUCGGCCAGUUAGUGCUCUACAUCCUCAUGCUCCGUUGGUGCCUCCUCAACCCAGCUAGAAGAGGGUUACUUUCGCAGAUGACACUAUUGGUACAGACUAUUGCUAAACAUGUUCCAACAUGUGCGAUAUCGCGUAUAUUUUGUUUCUGGGGAUUUGGUAAUAGCAGGUAUAUUUAUAAUUGACCUCACUUGAUUCUUAUAAUUAAGCAGUUUUAAUUUCCUGGUCAUACAAAAUAAAGGAAUAUUCUGAACAGCUUGUAUUCGCAAAUUUCUAAAGCAACAAGGUGUGAACAAAAAGGGCAUGCUUUUCCAAAUUUGCAGAAUAGGCAGAAAUAAAAUUUGAAUACGUGUACCAUCAUGUUGAGCUGAAAAAAUGAAAAUUUUGAAGACAAAUUUAAAUUGUUAAAUGUAUUUGAGAAAUUUUCAAAUUUUAUCUCAAAAAUUUUCCCGAAUUUCACGAUACUGCAAAAUAACUUUCAAAUGGCAUCAAAAAGUGCAAUCUGUGGGUGCUAAAAACGUAAUUUAUUGGAAUUUUUCAUGAUAUUGAAAUAGUUUUUUUUUUCAUGGGAACAGAAAUGCAGCCCAUAGAAACAGAAUAUUGCACAUAUUGAUUGCUUGACCAGAUACAAGCUGCAAAAAAACUGCAAUGUUGCAAUACAGCAUAAUGAAACAAACUUCUGGAAAUAUUGGUAUUUUAGUGUUUAAGGUAUUUCGUUUUGCCACUCUUAAAACAUUAGAAUUAGAAUUGACCUGGUCUAUAAAUUACACACGAAAUUUGAUUGCCCUAACUAAGUUUAUAAGUGCCAGAUCCCUUAAAGAAAUUCAAAUUUUUAAGCAGGAAAAGCAGACAAUUUUAAAAAAGUGUUUGCUGUUAUAUCUAUAGCAAGGCGGUACUAAUAGUUAUUUGCGGAAAACCAAAAAUAUAUUUGUGUAUAAUAAAAGAAUUGCGCUUAUUCAAAUUGAAAAUAUUUCAAUAGUUCAAUAAAAGUAAUGAUAAAAUUUUAAUUACAUAACCAAAUCAUGUUUCCCAAGUUCUAGAUUUGAAUCCACAAGGAAAUGUUUUAUUUUUGCACAUUAUGGACAUUUGUGUAUGUUACUACUACAAGACGAAUAAUCGAGAAAAAACCUUUUCCUUAAGGUAAUAAUAUGUGAUGCUGCUUGACUAAAGAAUGUGGCAGACUGACCACAGCUUCUCCCUAUCAUGCAUUCUCCCAUUUCUCUUAAAAUCAUAAGAGAAUAAUUUCUUACUUUUUAAUUUCACGUCAUAAUUUCAAUGACUUUCGUAUUUUAGAAUGCAACAUUUUGAAGUGGAAUUAAAAAUUAAAUUAUUAUUAUAACAAAAAAUCAUCCCAACAUGUAAAACUGGAAAAGAUAAAAAAGUUCUUUAAUGUUUGAAUAUCAUGGCACUUAGCUCCAAGCAAACAUAGAUGUACCUACACUUCGUUCUCUCAAUAGUUGUAGUAGUUUGUUUAAACUAUCUUCUCAUCCAGGUAAUACAGUAAAUUUAAUUCUUGAUAAAUUUUGUGAAAAAGUCAAAAAAAAACUCUACAACUAAACAUGCAAGGAGAAAUACAUAUUUGAAUGUAGUUAAUUAGGAUUUAAAUUUAUAACACAGAGAUUGUAUAAAAUUAAUUAACCAUGUUGGACUAGCCACUUGUAAAAAGACUGAGUAGCGAGAAUGUUAUAUCAAAUGUUAUCAUUUGCAGUAAUAUUUUUAAAAGCAUAUUAUUUGUCAUAUGGAAACAUAUUGCCGAGUAUUAUAACUUAUGCGGUUAUAAGCAUAACCGCAUAAGAUAAGCCAUCACCGAGUUACACUCGUAUCAGUUUUAAACUUUUUUUUUUCAGUAAAAAAAAUUCAUUUUUGAAAAGUUGCACGUGAAAAAAUAUUUUGACCAUUCUUAAAGAAAAUUGACAUAUAGAAUUUAACAUUGUUCGACCAUAUUUAUAUUAUAUACAAAAUGUUAAGCUGCAGACUAGUCAAAUGUAUAUAUUACUGAAGUAAGUUAAUGUACAGAUGUUGAACUAUGUACGCACAUUUUUUUGUGAAUAUUUUAUAUUCAUUCACCUUUAUGUUAUUAUGAUUAGUUGAGACUGAGGGAUUUGAAGUAGACCAAAAUUGUUACCGAUUCGCCAAUUACACAUGGCGACAAAGAAUUAUAAAAUUUCUAGAAAAGUUUGAUAAUGACCAAAGGUGAGUGAAUUUUUGUGUGAUUAUCUUUUUUGACUUUGGUGUUUUUCAUUAUUGGAUAAUGCUGACACUGAUGCGGAAAAGAAUUUGGUUUUAUAUUUAUUUUGUAAAGCUUUUGUAAGUUUUUUUAAAUAUACAUUCAUAAUACAGA